UGGUAGUACCAGUGUGUGUCUGUGGUGCGGAGGUGAGCGCACUGGAUGGGACAGGACAGUGGCUGCAUGGGGGACAGACAGCCAGAGGGGACGAACCGGUACCGGGGAGCCUGACCCAGAGCCCUGCGGAUGGGAUCGGACUAAAGACGGACACGAACAGAGCAUGAACACGGAGCUGUGGAGCCUCUCCUCCUCCUCCUCCUCCUCUGAGCAUGGACUGACCAAACCCCUUCUCUGGAUGAUUUGAUGGGGCUUCUCAGAGUCAUGAUGCCGCCCAAGUUGCAGCUUCUGGCGCUGCUGGCGUUCGCAGUGGCCAUGUUCUUCCUGGAGAACCAGAUCCAGAAGCUGGAGGAGUCCCGUGGAAAGCUGGAACGAGCCAUCGCCAGACACGAAGUACGGGAGAUCGAGCAGCGGCACACGCAGGACGGACUUCGGGAACGGGACUCGUCUGCGUGGUCGCAGUCAGAGAGCGAAGAUGACAUGGUCAUCAUUUACAACCGCGUGCCAAAAACGGCCAGCACCUCCUUCACCAACAUCGCCUACGACCUGUGUGGGAAGAACCACUACCACGUCCUGCACAUCAACACCACCAAGAACAACCCGGUCAUGUCCAUACAGGACCAGGUACGAUUUGUAAAGAAUGUGACUGAAUGGAGGGAAAUGAAGCCGGGUUUCUACCACGGACACGUCUCCUUCCUCGACUUCACCAAGUUUGGGGUGAAGAGGAAGCCUGUAUACAUUAACGUGAUCCGUGACCCUAUUGAAAGACUGGUGUCAUAUUAUUACUUUUUGCGUUUUGGGGACGACUACAGGCCCGGCCUGAGGCGCAGAAAACAAGGAGACAAAAAGACAUUUGAUGAAUGUGUAUCCGCCGGCGGCUCAGACUGCGCUCCGGAAAAACUCUGGCUCCAAAUCCCGUUCUUCUGCGGUCACUACUCUGAAUGUUGGAACGUGGGCAGCCAGUGGGCGCUGGAGCAGGCUAAAUACAACCUGGUGAACGAGUACAUGCUGGUCGGAGUGACAGAGGAGCUGGAAGACUUUGUGAUGAUGCUGGAGGCUGCGCUGCCACGAUUUUUCAAAGGAGCCACUGAGCUGUACAAAACAGGGAAGAAAUCCCACCUGAGGAAGACCAGUGAGAAGAAGCCGCCCACUAAGGAGUCCAUCGCCAAGCUGCAGCAGUCGGCCAUCUGGAAGAUGGAGAAUGAGUUCUACGAGUUUGCGCUGGAGCAGUUCCAGUUUGUCAGAGCGCACGCCGUCCGAGAAAAGGACGGCGAACUGUACCUACUGGCGCAAAACUUCUUCUACGAGAAGAUUUACCCCAAGAACUGA